GCUCUGCUGAAGUGAAAACUCUAAAAAAUGUCACAAGGCGAAGAUAAACAGGACAUUCGUACGUUUAUUGAUGGAUUUUCAACAGUGGAUGACUAUUCAAGGCAAUGUCUCCGAGACCUGCUGCAGGCCACCAAAACUUCUAACAGUCUCCCUGCUCCAGGCAAUGACUUUGAUUACUACUCCAGCUUUGAGUCUUUCAGGGGACUCAUGGACAUGGAGGGGAAGCGCAUUCUCAGGAUGCUCCAAGAUGUUAUGAAACACCAGAGCGCCAAGGGCAACCUUGCAAAGACCAAUCAGGCCACAGAACUAGAAGAAAAGUUUGACAUCUUGAUAGAUGCUAAUGAUACCAUCUUAGAGAAGGCUGGUACCUUCUUAGAUGAGGCAGUUGGAGUAAGGAAGACAGACACAUCCUUAAUUGUUGCAAGUAUAUCUAAACAAGUUACUCCCAAAGCAAGCUGGAAUAAACAGGCUAUAACCUCAGCGGGUCGUGCUCCCAAUGUAAGCAACCUGAGACUGUUAACAGCAAGGAACAUCCCCCGACCCCAGCUGAAGUUCAAGGAUAAAAUAGACAACUCUAGUGCCCCCUUUGUGCCUAAGCUUCCAUACAAACCUAACGCACAGAAGUCCUUGGCAGACACUCUACCAGCUGCUCCAGACCCAACUGCAACUAAACGCAUUGAUGAUGAGCACAUAGAGUAUCCACACCCCUACCAGUAUGAAUUGGACCAUCUAACGUAUCCCGAGAGCCAGUUUGAUAGACCAGAGUCUGUGUAUGCAGUACCACUGGAUGAAACUUCAUUGUUCAUCAUAGCAGAUCCAACAGAAUUAACAAAUCUAGUCAAAGAUCUGAAAAAGGAAACUGAAAUUGCAGUUGAUUUAGAGCAUCACUCCUACAGGACAUACCUUGGGAUCACUUGUCUGAUGCAGAUAUCUACGCGAUCCUCAGACUACAUUAUAGACACACUUAAGUUGAGGAGUGAACUGCACCAGCUGAAUGAAGUAUUCACCGAUCCAGCCAUUGUUAAGGUGUUCCAUGGCUGUGACAGUGAUAUAUACUGGUUACAGAGAGAUCUUGGUCUGUAUGUCGUCAAUCUGUUUGAUACUGGCCAGGCAUCCAAUGUUCUUAACUAUCCAAAAAACUCCCUUGCUUAUAUACUGGAGAGACAUUGCAAAGUCCAGGCGAAUAAAGAGUAUCAACUGGCUGAUUGGAGAAUAAGGCCACUACCAGAAGAGUUGAUAAAAUAUGCAAGAGAAGACACACAUUAUCUUCUUCAAAUAUAUGACCUGAUGAGAUGUGAACUACUGGAGAAAGGAAAUUCUCAGAAAAACUUAUUAAAGUCAGUGUUUGAACGAAGCCGACAGCUAUGUUUGAAGAAAUAUGAGAAACCAGUUUAUAAAGAGGAUAGGUACCUGGAGAUCUACUAUAAGAGCCGCAAGGUGUUUAAUACAGGACAACAGUUAGCAUUGAAGUACUUGUAUGCUUGGAGAGACAAGGUGGCCAGAUCUGAAGACGAAAGCACAGGGUACAUCCUACCUAAUCACAUGUUACUACAGAUAGCUGAACUUCUACCCAGAGAGCGCGAAGGCAUCCUUGCCUGUUGCAACCCAAUUCCAACGUUUGUGCGACAAAACCUUAAUGAGCUUCAUGAAAUCGUGAAAGUUUCCAGAGAUUCAGUAGUAAAAGUUACCAAGAAACCUGACACCCCGAAAACCUCGAAAGCAGAUUAUUUGAAGCCUGUAAGGUUACAGGACCAUGGAGUAGUUGAUAGUCUACUGAAUUGUCCACAUGAUUUAUCUCAUGAUGGGGAAGCCUUGGAUAAACAAUGCAAUGCACUAGAUGACUCUCUUGUGGCUAAGGGGUCUUCCAUGUUCAAGGAUGAAGUGACAUCUAUACAAAUGAAAGCCUCUCCAACCAUCUCUAUUUUCUCCUCUACACCAAAGGUUGACAUAGUUACUGAUGGCCAGAGAAGAGCCCACUGCAUUAGGGCAUCCAUUGCCAGCCCUUUUGAAAUGUACAUCCCAAAAGAAUUGAGAGGACCUAUAAGAGUGCCACCUCCUGAGCAAAUCUCUGCCAAGUUCAGCUCAACUGAACCACUACAGGGCCCUACAAAUAAGUUGUGGAAGCUGCUGAAGCACACCCCUAAAAUAGCACCCAAAGACACCCCUGAACCGAAGCUAGUUAUGCGUCAUGUCACGGCUGAUAAUGACAAACCAACAGAAAUGCCGAAAGCAAUUAGGACUGGUCUACAGAAAGACAAAAAGCGAAAGAGAACACCAACUGCGCAAGAUGGUGAAGGUGCACAAGCAACACAUAAUCCGAAGAAAUCACGACAUGAUGCAUCCAUGCAUAAAGAUAACCUAGAAGGUUUCAAACCAUAUAACUAUAAGGCCAGUGAUUAUAGUAUGUUCCAAGGUGCGGAAAAAUCAAACCAGAAGAAAAAAGGCAAUAAGAGGCAAUACAAUCCAAACCAGCCAGAUGAUAGAUUUAAGGCAGCCAAGGGGCCAAAAUUGAGUACAAAGUCUGGCAAAAAGAGUAUGACAUACAAGGAUCGAGGUGGACACUCAAACCAGAGACCAGCCGCAUGUUGGCCUCCACCCAAAAGAUAA